CUGCUCUCCUUCUCAUCAAACUCAUCCUCUAUCAAUAUUGAUGAGCUUGAAGCGACUAUAGCAGAUUUCGAAAAGCGUGAUGACGUCUAUUCGUCGUCCUUCCUCUCUACAAUCGUUAUCAACAACUACACUCGGCUGGCGGAGAGUGUAGAGGAAUACCUUCAUUCUAUUGCAGCGACCAUCCUGUACCACUCUGGAGAAGUAACAUCUCUCCCGUCUGGUCCUUACUUAUUCCACCCAUCCGGCAACAUCACAAAGGUGUACCGCCUGUACUGGGACUACAACUUCGCGUUCGAGACCCCCGUAGUCGAGGGACACAACGGCUCUUACGUUCCCUUAACCGGCGCAGUCGAUAUCGAGGCCAAUGGCGCACUGAGCGUCGCUGUUCCUUCUAGACUGUACUACCCACCCCCCUCCAAAGAGAAGCCCCUAUCCGGGAAGCGCCUGGUAGUCAAGGAUAAUUACGACCUCAAGGGGAUCCGAACCGUCGCCGGCUCGCGGGCCAUCCGCCAGCUCAGUAGUCCCGCAAACGACAAUGCACCAAGUCUGCAGAAGCUCAUCGACCUGGGCGCCGUCGUCGUCGGAAAAGUCAAGACAACUCAGGUAGCUCUGGGUGAAGUCCCCGCCGACUUCGUCGAUCAGCUCGCACCUUUCAAUCCCCGCGGCGACAACUACCAGAGCCCCGCCUUCUCUUCCUGUGGAACCGGCGCCGGUGUCGCCUCGUACGACUGGCUUGACUUCGGAACGGCCAGUGACACAGGCGGCUCCAUCAGACUGCCAUCAAAAGCAAACGGCCUCUUCGGCCUGCGCGUCACAAACGAAAGCCUCUCGACGGCGGGAAUCAUGCCGCAGUCACCUAUCUUCGACGUGCCGGGCCUGCUGUCGCGUUCCGCCCUGCUUUUGCAAACGGCAUAUACCCACUGGCUCUCAAGCAAACCGUACACACGUUUCCCACGCCGCAUCAUCCUGCCGACGGAAUUUUGGCCGACGGAGAACGCGACUUCCAUGCCUGUGUUCGAGUCUUUUCUGUCGAAGCUGUCGACGUAUCUCAACGCCACAUUGGACGAAGUCAGCACCAACAGCUCCUUCAAGACACAUACCCACCACUCCGAAGGCAUACAGCCGUUUCUCCAGUCCGCUUACUCGAACAUCACAAACUACGACCAAGUGAGACUCUGGUGGCGCCCCUUCAACGCCGCCUACAAAUCCAAGUUCGGUCGAUCGCCUUACAUAGGCCCCGUGCCCGCGUCACGCAUCGAGCGGGGAGAAACCCUCACACAGGACCUGUACGACGACGCUCUUGCCCGCGUGGGCACGUACCGCAGCUGGUUCCGCCAGCAUGUGCUCCCGUCCUGCGAAGAAGCAAUCCUGGUGUACCCUCUGGGCGCGGGUCUGGAGGAAUACCGUGACAUUUACCCCGAACCGCCGAGCGCGGUGUUUGGUGGUACCUAUCCUGCGACUUUCAUGAGCGUUCUUUCGGGCGUUCCUGAUUACGCGGUGCCUAUUGGAAUCAUGACUGCUGCCGGGUGUGACAAGAUGUUGGUAGACUUGGUGGCCAAGAUGUCAGAGAAGGGACUUCUGGUUGGUGAGGUGAAAGCUGGACAGAGGAUGUACUGA